GAUGUACUUAUAUUUUACACACUUUUUAGGCUUAGUUUGUUAUUAAUUUUAGUUAUUAAAAUUCUACUUUUGUACAUAUUUUUAUAAUUUGUCGUUAGUUUGUACUUGUGCAGUCCUACACGGGUAUUUUGUAUUUUCAGGUACUUUUGAUGCUAUUUGGAUACAUUAGAGUGAACAAAAGAAGAAAAAUAAAAGUUCAAGUUGGAGGUCAAUAAAAGUGGAAUUUCCUUCAAAACAAAUAAGGAGUAAAUUGAAGAAAAGAAUCAAAACUAAAAAUGAUGGAGGUGGGAUUCGAUCCCUGGAAAAAGGGUAGAAGAAUGCCUACUACAACCAGUGUGCUAAGUGAUCAAUGCUGUACAUAUUCAGCUGGCAAUUGUUAUAUUCCUUCUGAACGCGGCAAAGAAAAGAACAAAAUGUUGAAGCCGAGAAUCGAUCCCACGAUCUCCGAGUUUUCCUCUGAAGUGCUUAUCCGUUGAGCUACCUACCACUUUUGAAACUUUACUGCGCUUUGUUGUACAUAAACUCAUCUGUUCCGUAAAUUCCAGCAAUUAAUGAUUAAUCACCUUAUCAUUAUAUUGCCUUAAUCCAUCUUCCUCCACAGAUAAGCUCGGACCAACCUCUCUCUAAACAUCCCAGAAACAUUUCCUCCUCCUUCUCUCUUCAUUUCUCAACCCCAAAUCAUCAACCCAUCUUCAACCAUAACUAAUCACUUUCUCAUCCAAGAUUAAGUCAAGAUUAGCAUCAAAGCUCCAAGGAUUGUCAUCUAUCACAAGUUUGAUCUUCCUUAUCUCAUUAAAUCUUGUACUUUAAUCAUGGAUUCAUCUAUUUCUAUGUUUCCCAACAUGUAUAGCUAAAUAAAUUUGGGGCUAGAAAUUGGUUAAUUAAUUGUUCUUAUAAUGUUUUAAUUUGUAUUGAUUUUAAUUGUUAAGUUUGUUCUAUUUAGAUUGUUGUGUCCAGAAAAUUAAUUAUGUUGUGUUUGUGAUAUAUAUUAUGAGUACUCAAUCAUAAACAUAUUGUUUGUUAAAUACACAAAUGAACACUUUCUGAACACACCGUUAAACUUCUUUUACCUUGUCCCGGAUUGAAGUUUUACGGGAGAAUUUAAUUAUUUAAUUAUAUUAUUUACACCACGGGGUUGGGUAAAUAAUAUAGUUAAUAAUUAAGGUUGUCGUUGCACUUAAACAACUAGUCUCGUUUUGGCCAUCACUGGGAAAUGUUGACUAGUUACUUAUUUUAGGUGACUUGUGUUGGGUCCUAAAAUAUUUAUCUACAACUUCUCACAAUCUAUCUAAGAAUAAAAUUAGCAAUUAUGUCUUACAAAUGAGCAUUGAACAAUUAGUUGCCAAUUUCUACCCCUACUUGCUAUUGGUUGAACUUUGUGUUGAUAAAAGUCUCUUCUCUCAAUCACUUUUAUUUAAUUACUUUUCCAAGUAAACAAAAAUCAAAAGAAACGCAUUCCCAACUUUAAUCCUUAGUUUGUGCUUAAUUAUUUUAUUUCCCGCUUCUCUGUGGUUCGACACCCUACUUCCUUGGGUAAAAAAAUAGUUGUGUGCCCAUUAUAUGCUACACACCAACUUGGCGCCGUUGCCGGGGAAGCGGUUUUGAAAAAAAAAAUUGAGAGCAUAAACUUUCGAUUUUAGUUAUUGCAAAUUGUGUGUAUAUUAUUCUGUUGUUAUCUUUUUACCUUUGCAGGUUAAAAAAAAAAGUGAUUAAUAAAAGUUCAAAAAAAAAUCAAAAAAAAAAAAAUAAAAAAAAAAAAAAUAAUAAUGGACUGUGAUUAAUCAUCUUACCUGAGCAUUGGAGUUGGACUUGUUGACUGAACAUAUCCGGACAUUCAGACCAUUGAACAUAUUGUUACAUUUUAAUUAAAAGGAUACUCCGCCUAUAUGGUCGGACCGCUUACUUGUACAUUAUAAUUCAAAGGAUACUCCGCCUAUAUGGUCGGACCGCUUACUUGUACAUUAUCAUUCAAAGGAUACUCCGCCUAUAUGGUCGGACCGUUUAUUUUUCUUUUUAUGGUGGUUCAAACCCCAACUUUUUAAUUUCUGCACUUUAAUUAUCGCAAUUUAAUUUGUGCACUUAUAUUAUCGCAAUUUAAUUUCCGCACUUUAAUUUCAGCAUUUUUUUAAAUUUUGCAUCCCCAAGCUUGUCGGCCGUGUCCACUUGUUGGUGGAGUGCACUUUUUAUUUUUAUUUUUAUUUUCUUAAUAAUCCCCAGACUGUCGGCAUAGUUGCAUCUUGGUGGAGACUGUAUUUAUUACUGUAGCUAUUUUUUUUUCCUUCCCUCAAAUCACCAUAUCUGUCGGCCCAGCCGCAUCCUGGUGAAUUACUGUAUAUAUUCAUACUGCUUUAAGGGCUCACUAGUCUCAUUCGAUUUAUACCAAUUGACUACGUGCGAACCUUAAUUAAUUAAUUAAUUCCGCAUUUAUUUUUUCUUUUCAUCUCUCUCUCUCUCUUUCCCCAAUCCCAAUUCCCUUCUGCUUAUGCUCACACGUUCACGUGGUGCGAAUUGUGAAUUGUUAUUCUUCUCUGACAUCGAAAAGCACAUACGUGAACAGAAAAAAAAAAUGUCAAACGAUAUUGUUGUUAAUGAGCAGGUACCCGAUCAACAAAUCGUGGAUCAGGUUAUGAGGACCAGAAAACCGCUGUAUGAUUAUGUUACGCCUCCCGUGGAUGAGCAUGACAGUGUUAUUCCACCAGAGGUUAACAUGAAUCACUUUGAAAUCAAGCCUGCUAUCAUUCAUAUGGUUUCAAAUACUCAAUUUGGCGGAGCGUCAACGGAGGAUCCAAAUAAUCACAUCACAAAGUUCCUUCGAGCUUGCAACACCUUCAAAAUCAAUGGUGUGCCAACUGAUGCUGUCAGACUACGCCUGUUCCCAUUCUCUCUACGGGAUCGAGCUCAGAGUUGGCUUGACUCUUUUCCGGAUAAUCACUUCUCCACUUGGGAUCAACUUCAUGGUGAAUUUCUCAAAAGAUUUUUCCCGCCAUCUAAAACGGCGAAAAUCCGAAGAAUGAUUCAAAAUUUCAAGCAAAAUCCCAAUGAGCCCCUCUACGAGGCUUGGGAAAGAUUCAAAGAUCUUCAGCGACAGUGUCCACAUCAUAACAUCCAAAACUGGAACUUGAUGACGGCUUUCUAUGAAGGCCUACAUGAAAAUUCUCGGAUACUCGUGGACGCGUCAGCAAAUGGAUCACUCAUGUGCCUGGAACUUGAAGAGGCAGAAGAAUUGAUGGAGCGUAUUUCAUCAAAUGGAUCAACAUGGUAUUCUGAGCGAUCAUCUGCUCCACCAAAAAUCGGAGGCAUGUAUGAAGUUGAUCAAAUGUCGGCCAUAACCACAAAGGUCGAUAGCAUGAUGAAUCUUAUCCAAAAGAUGGCACAAGUCUCUCUUGUGCAAAACUCAACAUCAACUCUAGCUCCCAUUCCCGUUCUAAUGUGUGAAUCUUGCGGUGGACAACACAAUCAGUCUACUUGUCCAUGGGAAGCAAUGGAACAAGUUGACUAUGUCAACUACAACAGGCAGCCCCAACAAAAUCAAUUUGGUAAUUUCAAUCCUCAAGGAAGAAACCAUCCCGGUUUUUCCUGGAGCAAUCAAAAUGGAGCUGCUAAUCCACAACCAUCUUACCGGAGUGCACCACCCGGUUUCCAAAACCAACAACAGCAAUUCAGAGGUGGCCAAGGUAUUGUGAACCAACAACACUAUAAACCCACUCAAAAUCUUCCAUACCCUUCAAGUCAACAGCAAAAACCACUUCUCCCCACUCCUGAAACAACCCAAACUCCUGUCCUAGAAAACAUUGUUGACCAACUUCUCAAGUCCCAAUUAUCUCAAGCUGAAACCCUGAAACAAAUCACCGAAGAACUUGGUCAACUUCGAGCUCACAACAAGAUGCUUGAGAAUCAAAUUGCUAAUCAAGCAUCCACAUCAUCAACUAAGGUGACAGGUAAGCUUCCUGCUUGUCCUGAAAACCCUAGGGAGCAAAUCAAUGUCGUCACUACUCGGAGUGGGAAACAACAUCAAUCCUUGCCCCUUUCUAGUGAUGAAAAAGAACAUGAAGUGUUGGAGGAAAGGGCCGAGCAACAACAGAAAGGUGGAAACAACAACAAUGAACUUGAUGUCGGUACCAUGCCGAAACCAUCUGAUGAUCGUGAAGGGUCGAAGAAAGAAAAAAGCAGUUCGGUAAGGAAAUAUAUUCCCCCAGUUCCUUAUCCGAACAGAUUGAAGAAAGCUAAUAUGGAGGAGCGGAGAACUAAAUUUUUGAAUGUUAUCAAACAGUUGGAUAUCUCAAUUCCUUUGCUUGAUGCCAUUACAGAAAUUCCUUCAUAUGCUAAAUUUCUCAAAGAUAUUCUCACAAAGAAGAAGGAGAAUCCAGCCACUGUUGCAAUGAGCCAAGAAUGUAGUGCCAUAAUCCAAAAUAAAAUUACACCCAAGUUACGUGAUCCUGGAAGCUUCUCAAUUCCAUGUAUCAUUGGUGGAUCUAAAGUUAACAAAGCUCUUUGUGAUCUUGGUGCAAGUGUUAGCUUAAUUCCCUAUUCACUAUGUCAAAAGCUACACUUGGGGGAUCCCAAACCAACAACAAUGGCGUUACAAUUGGCUGAUCGAUCUGUCAAAUAUCCUAUCGGCAUUCUUGAAGAUGUUCCUGUCAAAAUUGACAAGUAUUAUAUCCCGGGAGACUUUGUUGUCUUGGAUAUGGAGGAAGAUGCUCGAGUUCCUGUUAUUCUCGGGAGACCCUUUCUAGCUACGGCAGGAGCAAUUAUCAAUGUAAAAAAGGGUACCCUUAUCCUUGAGAUUGGGGAUGAUAAGAUCGAAUUCAAUGUACAAGAGCUGAGUAAGGAUACACCUUGUGUCCUUGAUGGUUACUAUGCUGAUGUUAUAGACUCUUGUAUCAUAAAGACAUUUGAUAAGUCUUAUUGGCUUUCUAAAGAUCCCAUGGAGUACACUAUACGAGAAUCUAUUGCAGAUGAGCAAGCCAAUGAAAUGGUGAAUUUAUGUCUCGAAAUGUUGCAAAGCAUAUCUUUACCGAUGCCUAAAGCACUUAAAUUUGAAGUGCUUAAUCUUGAAGAUCAAUCCUUGAAUGUCAAAGGAAAAGCACCUGAAGUAGAACUCAAACCACUUCCAUCUACUUUAAAAUAUGCUUUUCUUGGCCCGAAUUCCACUUAUCCUGUCAUUGUGAAUGCUGAUUUAGAUCUUCAACAAGUGGAAAGAAUAUUGCAAGUCUUACGAAGCCAUCGCAGAGUUAUUGGCUACACCAUUGAUGAUAUUGUUGGCAUAAAGGCAUCUUAUUGCAUGCACCGCAUUUACUUGGAGGAUGAUCACAAGCCGAGCAUUGAGCACCAAAGACGCCUCAACCCGAACAUGAAAGAUGUUGUUCAAAAAGAAAUUCUUAAACUAUUGAGUUCGGGUAUCAUUUUCCCCAUUUCGGACAGUAAAUGGGUAAGUCCUAUCCAUGUGGUGCCAAAGAAAGGAGGAAUUACUGUUGUAAAGAAUGACAAAAACGAGCUGAUUCCUACACGAAUAGUCACUGGAUGGCGCAUGUGCAUUGAUUACCGCAAGCUAAACAAGGCUACUCGGAAAGAUCAUUUUCCACUUCCCUUUAUUGAUCAAUUGCUGGAGAGGAUGGCUAAGCACAAAUAUUUCUGUUUUCUUGACGGAUUCUCUGGAUUUUUCCAAAUCCCAAUUCAUCCGGAUGAUCAAGAAAUGACGACAUUUACAUGUCCUUAUGGUACUUUUGCAUAUCGCAGAAUGCCGUUUGGAUUAUGUAAUGCACCAAGAACCUUUCAACGAUGUAUGCUAGCUAUUUUCUCGGAUCUUGUCGAGGAAAUUAUGGAAGUUUUUAUGGAUGAUUUCUCGGUUUAUGGGAUUUCAUUUGAUGAUUGUCUUGAACAUCUUGAUAAAGUGCUAAGCAAAUGUGAAGAAGCAAAUCUUGUCCUCAACUGGGAAAAAUGUCAUUUCAUGGCAACCGAAGGCAUUGUGCUUGGGCACAAAAUUUCUGAAAAGGGCAUUGAAGUAGACCCGGCAAAGAUAGAAGUAAUUGAGAAAUUGCCACCCCCUUCUUCCAUCAAGGGGAUUCGUAGUUUUCUUGGCCAUGCGGGAUUUUAUCGACGGUUAUCAAGGAUUUUUCAAAAAUAUCAAAGCCUUUAACCAAUCUUCUCUCAAAAGAUGUGGAGUUUAAUUUUGAUGAAUCUUGCUGCGCCGCAUUUUCAAAACUCAAGUUGGCCUUAACUACUGCACCAAUUAUUAGGCCACCUGAUUGGAGUCUUCCUUUUGAACUCAUGUGUGAUGCAAGCGAUUAUGCCGUGGGAGCCAUUCUGGGUCAACGCAAAGGCAAAGAAGUAUAUGUCAUUUAUUAUGCAAGUCAUACUCAUGAUGAUGCCCAAUCAAAUUAUGCCACAACUGAAAAAGAGUUCCUUGCCAAAUUUUUUGGCAUUGAAAAAUUCCGAUCUUACCUUAUCGGUAGCAAGAUUAUUGUCUAUACCGACCAUGCGGCUAUCAAAUACCUCAUCAACAAAAAAGAUGCAAAACCGAGGUUGUUGCGGUGGAUCUUGUUACUACAAGAGUUUGACAUGGAAAUCCGUGAUAGAAAAGGAUCUGAAAAUGUUGUUGCCGAUCAUUUAUCUCGACUUGAGAUUCCUUGUGAUACCAAGAUGCCAAUCAAUGAUUAUUUCAUUGGGGAACAACUUAUGACUGCUCAAAAUUUUGAUCCAUGGUUUGCCGAUAUUGCAAAUUACCUUUCUCAUGGGGUAAUUCCACAUGGUGCUACACAUACUGAAAAGAAGAAGUUAAAAUAUGACUCCCGCUACUAUCAUUGGGCAGAACCUUUUCUCUAUAGAAGGUGUGCCGAUGGAGUCAUUCGACGGUGUUUGCCCGAAGAUGAAGUUUCAAAUGUCUUGCACCAUUGUCAUUCCUCACCAUAUGGGGGACAUCAUGGAAGCUCUCGUACUGCUGCAAAGAUUUUACAAUCAGGUUUCUUUUGGCCCACUAUUUUCAAAGAUGCAAGCAAAUUUGUGAAAAACUGUGAUCGUUGCCAACGUACCGGUAAUAUUGGAAGAAAGAAUGAAAUGCCUCAACAUGGCAUACUUGAAGUCGAAUUGUUUGACGUGUGGGGGCUCGAUUUUAUGGGGCCAUUUCCAAAAUCAAAUGGGAAAGAGUUCAUCCUUGUAGCUGUUGAUUAUGUUUCUAAAUGGGUAGAAGCAGCUGCCACACAGACAAAUGAUGCCAAAGUGGUGAUCCAAUUCAUUCAGAAAAAUAUUUUCUCCCGAUUCGGAGUUCCACGAUCUUUCAUCACCGACAAUGGUACUCAUUUUUGUAACAAAGCAUUGGAACGUGUCCUUUCCAAAUAUGGGAUUCACCACCGACUCUCAACUCCAUACCACCCGCAAACAAAUGGCCAAGUGGAACUUUCAAACCGAGAAAUCAAAACAAUUCUCGAGAAAGUUGUUAAUCCUUCCCGAAAGGAUUGGGCCGAAAAGCUUGAUGAUGCACUAUGGGCAUAUCGCACUGCUUACAAAAAUCCCAUCGGCACCUCACCAUUCAAAUUGGUGUAUGGGAAAUCAUGUCACCUUCCUGUUGAGGUUGAACACAAAACAUAUUGGGCAAUCAAGACACUCAACAUGGAUCUUGCAUUGGCGGGUGAGAAACGACUGUUGCAGCUAAAUGAACUUGAAGAAUUCAGACUUGCAGCUUAUGAUAGCUCAAAACUCUACAAGGAGAGAACAAAAGUUUUGCAUGACCGGGUGAUCAGCCGAAGAAAAUUUGAACGGGGAGAUAAAGUUCUUCUAUUUAACUCACGUUACAAAUUCUUUCUCGGAAAGCUAAAGACCCGAUGGUUGGGUCCAUUUGAAGUACUUGAAGCAUUUCCAUCCGGAGCAGUCCAGUUGUUAAACAAAAGCGGCCAAAAACUCAUGGUAAAUGGACAACGGUUGAAACUAUACCAUGAUGGUGAGAGACAAGAGGCAACUUCUGUGUAUUGCCUCACUGAUCCGAAAUAUGAAUGAAGAGGCAUGGGUCAAGCUAAUGACCUUAAACGAGCGCUUCUUGGGAGGCAACCCAAGUUUGUAAAUUUCAAAAACAAAAAAACAAAAAAACAAAAAAAAAGCAAAAAAAAAAAAUGUCUAGGUUUUUGUUUUUGGACUCUAAAGGGGCCACAUCCGCUCGAAAAGACAUCUCAACAUCAUCCGUCCGCAAUUCAGGGAAGUUUUCUUUACACUCCUUUAAUUUAUUUUCCACUGAGGACAGUGCAAAUUUUAAGUGUGGGGGAGUGGGUAGUUCGACCCUAAUUUCUUGUGUGAAUAUUUUUUCUUUUUCCUUGCUUGUUUGUGUGAUUUUAUUUUCUUUUAUUUUUAUUUUGUGUGUUUGUUUAGAAAAGUAAAGACCAGUCUUGUCCAAAAUACAACAAUAGACAAACAACACAUUAGUUUACACUUUUUGUUACUAGUUACUUCCAUAACUUUUUAAAACUAUUCAUUCACCUCUUUUGACGAAAUGUGGUUUGAGUUUGAGAAGUGUCACUAUAAUUUUUUGAGAGUAACUUAGUAUUAGCUUUGAACUUGAUUCUUUUUAACACUUUAACAUUAAACACCUUAGAUUUUAUUUUUCCAAUUUAUUGGUUAAUAGUUGAAUUAGUGAAAGUUUAUGCAGAUUAAGAUGUUCAUACAUUUAUUCUCCUUGAAAUUUUAUUUGAACUUGACACAUUUAGAAAUGAUUUAGGCCAUCUUUGUUUACCCAUGAAGCCAAACACUAUCCCUUUGUAAAUAAAUAACACUUUCCAUAGUAAUCCCGUUCGAGCCUUUUCAGUGUACAAGUGUAAAAUAUCUUACUUCACUUGUCACUAAUUCUUUUUUAUUUGUAACCUUGUAAAUACAUAACCUUCUGAAGCCCUAUUCAAAGUUAAUCUUUUCUAAUCCUAGAGUAGAUUGUCUUGUUACUUGAGAGUAAAUAAAUGGAGCUACUAUUAAGUGUCAUAUGAGUGAAGUACAUAUUUGUUUGUAAAUUUUGGGGUUAGUUUUUCAUUGUAAUGUUCAGUGUGUGACCUCUUUGAAAAAAAAAAAUCAAAAAAAAAAAGAAAAAAGAAAAAAAAAAGAGAUGGAAAAUUGAAAAAAAAGACAAAAAAAAAACAAAAAAACAACAACAAAGAGGCACAUUAAAUUCUUGUUGUAAUUUCUUUUGUAAAACCCCAUUUUUUUUUACUUUUCAUGUUUAUAUUUCUCAUUGUUUUGUAUGCUCCAAGUUGUUGUAAAUUCUUGUGAUGAUCCGCUCAGUAUUAGUACAAUCUAACUCUCUCUGUAUAUUCUUACACCAAACUUUCCUUCCAACUAGCCACACUCAUUAAUCUCGCCACUCACCGAAAAAAGUCCUAAUUGAUCUAUUUGUGUCAUUUUUUGAAUUUAGCGGAUUGGAGAAACUUGUUCUGCAUAACCCGAACUAAUUUAGAUCUAUAGGUGUUUGUGUUAAAAGUUUGAUUUGAAAAUCUUAGUGAUAGGCACAAAUACUCAGUUUACUCUCAUUGCGUUAUUUUGUGACAUUUCAGGGUAUUGGACCGUUUAGUGGACAUUAGAGAUGUAUGAGUGAUUUGUUUAGUUAUGUUUGUAAAUUUUACAAAAUUGUGUAUAUUUUUGUGUUUGUUGUUUGUUUUACUUGAGGACAAGCAAAAGCCUAAGUGUGGGGGAUUUGAUGUACUUAUAUUUUACACACUUUUUAGGCUUAGUUUGUUAUUAAUUUUAGUUAUUAAAAUUCUACUUUUGUACAUAUUUUUAUAAUUUGUCGUUAGUUUGUACUUGUGCAGUCCUACACGGGUAUUUUGUAUUUUCAGGUACUUUUGAUGCUAUUUGGAUACAUUAGAGUGAACAAAAGAAGAAAAAUAAAAGUUCAAGUUGGAGGUCAAUAAAAGUGGAAUUUCCUUCAAAACAAAUAAGGAGUAAAUUGAAGAAAAGAAUCAAAACUAAAAAUGAUGGAGGUGGGAUUCGAUCCCUGGAAAAAGGGUAGAAGAAUGCCUACUACAACCAGUGUGCUAAGUGAUCAAUGCUGUACAUAUUCAGCUGGCAAUUGUUAUAUUCCUUCUGAACGCGGCAAAGAAAAGAACAAAAUGUUGAAGCCGAGAAUCGAUCCCACGAUCUCCGAGUUUUCCUCUGAAGUGCUUAUCCGUUGAGCUACCUACCACUUUUGAAACUUUACUGCGCUUUGUUGUACAUAAACUCAUCUGUUCCGUAAAUUCCAACAAUUAAUGAUUAAUCACCUUAUCAUUAUAUUGCCUUAAUCCAUCUUCCUCCACAGAUAAGCUCGGACCAACCUCUCUCUAAACAUCCCAGAAACAUUUCCUCCUCCUUCUCUCUUCAUUUCUCAACCCCAAAUCAUCAACCCAUCUUCAACCAUAACUAAUCACUUUCUCAUCCAAGAUUAAGUCAAGAUUAGCAUCAAAGCUCCAAGGAUUGUCAUCUAUCACAAGUUUGAUCUUCCUUAUCUCAUUAAAUCUUGUACUUUAAUCAUGGAUUCAUCUAUUUCUAUGUUUCCCAACAUGUAUAGCUAAAUAAAUUUGGGGCUAGAAAUUGGUUAAUUAAUUGUUCUUAUAAUGUUUUAAUUUGUAUUGAUUUUAAUUGUUAAGUUUGUUCUAUUUAGAUUGUUGUGUCCAGAAAAUUAAUUAUGUUGUGUUUGUGAUAUAUAUUAUGAGUACUCAAUCAUAAACAUAUUGUUUGUUAAAUACACAAAUGAACACUUUCUGAACACACCGUUAAACUUCUUUUACCUUGUCCCGGAUUGAAGUUUUACGGGAGAAUUUAAUUAUUUAAUUAUAUUAUUUACACCACGGGGUUGGGUAAAUAAUAUAGUUAAUAAUUAAGGUUGUCGUUGCACUUAAACAACUAGUCUCGUUUUGGCCAUCACUGGGAAAUGUUGACUAGUUACUUAUUUUAGGUGACUUGUGUUGGGUCCUAAAAUAUUUAUCUACAACUUCUCACAAUCUAUCUAAGAAUAAAAUUAGCAAUUAUGUCUUACAAAUGAGCAUUGAACAAUUAGUUGCCAAUUUCUACCCCUACUUGCUAUUGGUUGAACUUUGUGUUGAUAAAAGUCUCUUCUCUCAAUCACUUUUAUUUAAUUACUUUUCCAAGUAAACAAAAAUCAAAAGAAACGCAUUCCCAACUUUAAUCCUUAGUUUGUGCUUAAUUAUUUUAUUUCCCGCUUCUCUGUGGUUCGACACCCUACUUCCUUGGGUAAAAAAAUAGUUGUGUGCCCAUUAUAUGCUACACACCAGUUCCCUAUCCACAAUUGCUGGAAAAGGUUCUAUCAUUAUAUCUCCGUUUAUUACCUUAAACAAUGUCCUACAUGUGCCCAACUUAUUAUGCAACCUUGUGUCAGUCAGUAAACUUGCUCAUGAUUCUCAUCAUGUUGUGAAAUUUGUGUCAAAUGAUUUGUGUCAAAUGGUUGUGCAAGAGAAAGUGGUGGACUCUACUGUCUUGCUACAGACAGCCUCUCUAGUAAACAAGUUCAGAAACCAUGUUCUCCUAGUUUUUUAUCCUUAGAGAAUCAAAUAAUGUUAUGGCACUAUCGACUAGGUCAUCCUAUCUUUGGUUAUUUACGCCAUGUGUUUCCUAUUUUAUUUAAAAAUAAGGAUGCUAAUUCAUUUCAAUGUGAGAUUUGUCAAAUUGCUAAACAUAAACGUUCUGUUUAUCCUUCUUUGCCUUACAUGUCAUCUAAACCUUUCUCUCUUAUUCAUAGUGACAUAUGGGGACCAUCUAGGAUUAAAAAUCUUUCUGGCACUAGAUGAUUCAUAACCUUUUUUGAUGAUCACACUAGAAACACUUGGAUUUCUCUUCUUAAAGAAAAAUCAGAGGCUGCAGAAACAAUCAAAAGUUUUAACUCUAUGAUUAAAACAUAAUUUCGAGCUCAAAUACAAGUCCUUAGAACAGAUAAUGGUAGAGAAUUUUUUAAUUGCACUCUUGGUUCGUUUCUCGCAGCCCAAGGCAUUCUCCAUCAUAGUUCUUGUGUUAUUACACAUCAACAAAAUGGAAUUUCCGAGAAAAAAAAUAGACAUCUACAAGAGGUUGCCC